GGCCAUCUUCCCACAAUGCACGGCGCCGGAAACACGCAUGCCACACACAAGAUGGCUGCGCCCCUGUCACAACAACUAUCUGUCGGUGAUGUGAGGCGGUGAACAGAGCGGGGACCUGGCGAGACAUGGAGGCUCAGGCAGCGGUGCUGCGUGUGAGGCGCAAACGUGGAGCGGACCCGGCAGAGGCGCUGCUCAUCAGCUGCAAGAGGCGGAGGGCAGAGGAGGGGACCUCGGAGUCCGGAGCUGUCACCAGUCACGUCUUCCGGCUAGCGACCACCCUCAGCUCUCAGAAUGAACCUAUUCAGAAGUAUGUAAGUGAUGCGAUUACUCGUGACCGGGCCUCUCGGGUGCUUCACCCGUCUCUCGGGUCUGUACAACGGAUUCAGAAAGACUUAAGAGCCCGAAAGGAUGCUGAGCGUCAAGACAGCCGCUACCGCUUAAUCUCAAACCUUCGUCCAAAGUGUGAUGAUGAGCAGGACAGUGGACCUGGUAAUAGCCAGUCUGACAGCAUUGUGAAGGAGCAGCUGCCCACACAAGAAGAUGCCUGUGCAGAAGAAAAGAAUGGCAACUUUCAAGUCUUUGAUGUGGUGCAUGAGGAAGCAGAAAAGGAGGAAGCCGAUGUAAAGUUGAAGAACUGUGACCCAGAAACCAUCAUGUGUAACUCUGUGAAGAUGAUCCGGGAGCGUCUGGUCGUGUCUGAGGCAGGAGAAGGGUCAGAACAUAGAGAGAGUGCUGAUGAGUUUGUCUAUGAUAUCUAUUAUGCAGAAUCCUCACCACAAAACUGGAUCCAGGACAUCCUCUCUGUUCAGCCAUGUGUUUAUGAUCAGGAGCUGGUGGCUGAUGAACUAGAGCAAGAUGACAUUUAUGAAGAUGAGGAUGAUGAGAAUGAAGAAAACAACUGGAGAAAUGAUUAUCCUGAUGAAGAGGACAGUGAUAAGGAGGAGAGAUAUAUGGGUUACUAUGAGGAGCAUGAUGAAGACGAUGGAUCGAAUGCUUACCACCAGACCAAAGUCAAAGAAUUAGAGGAGGAGGAAGAUUCUGAGUAUCAGUGGUAACUGUACUUUAGAGGGUAUCUCUCUGCAUCAAUCUAAUAUACAUGUUCUGUUUUUAAGAACAAGACUAUCCCUUUGAAGCUUUUUGCUUUGUUCUUUUACUAAACUUGAGUUACAUGGGCUCGCCGAAAUAUCCACCUGUCAGUGAGGAGCAUGGUACACCGUGUCAUGACUUGUUUCUCAGUUUUCAAUGGCUUUGUUAAUGUAUCUUCAGUUUGUGCAUAUGUUUAGGGACAGCUUCGCUUCAGCUUAUAGUGUCCUUAUUAAUAAAGUGUAAUGGCUCCGCUGCAGCUUGGAAUACUAUUUAUGGAAUGCCUAGUGCAGCAGCCAGGUCUCUUGAAAUCCUAUUGUAUGAUUUAAGCCUUGAGUAAUUAUUUUCCUAAAAUAACUGACCCCCAACUCCCCAUCUGGGAAGAAUACGUUUUCUGCACCAGGUAAAAGUAACUUUAAUUGGUAGGUUGUGUGGUGUAACACUUUCCUUGUGUUAUAAAGACACUUUUACAGCAUCAUUGUACAGUGUUAAGUCACUAAUAAAAUUUCUUUAUUAUAUGAA